CCCCCACGUGUCGGCCGGAGUUUCACCACCAGCAACAUGGCCGCUCCCUGACCCGAGAGCCCGGCCGCCGCCGCCUUUGCAGCCCGCGGGUACCUGGGCGGUUGCCGCCGUCCGCGCGUGGCCCCGGCGGAGAGAUCGAGUCCAAGGACUGCGUGGCUGGCUCCCCCCUAGUAUGGCCAAUGAAGAGGAUGACCCAGUGGUUCAGGAGAUCGAUGUGUACUUGGCCAAAAGUCUCGCAGAGAAGCUCUAUCUGUUUCAGUACCCCGUGCGUCCAGCCUCGAUGACCUACGAUGACAGUCCACAUCUCUCAGCCAAGAUCAAGCCCAAACAGCAGAAGGUAGAGCUUGAGAUGGCCAUCGACACCCUGAAUCCCAACUAUUGCCGCAGCAAAGGAGAGCAGAUCGCGUUGAACGUGGAUGGCGCCUGUGCCGACGAGACCAGCACGUACUCCUCGAAGCUGAUGGACAAGCAGACCUUCUGCUCUUCCCAGACCACCAGUAACACAUCCCGCUACGCAGCUGCGCUCUACAGGCAAGGUGAGCUCCACCUGACACCUUUACAUGGCAUCCUACAGCUGCGGCCCAGCUUCUCCUACCUGGAUAAGGCAGACGCCAAGCACCGGGAGAGGGAGGCGGCCAAUGAGGCUGGGGACUCUUCACAGGAUGAGGCAGAAGAAGAUGUUAAGCAGAUCACGGUAAGAUUCUCCCGGCCGGAGUCGGAGCAGGCCCGCCAGCGCCGCGUGCAGUCCUACGAGUUCCUGCAGAAGAAGCAGGCGGAGGAGCCCUGGGUCCACCUGCACUACCAUGGCCUGAGGGACAGCCGCUCCGAGCACGAGCGCCAGUACCUGCUGUGCCAGGGUUCCAGUGGGGUGGAGAACACCGAGCUCGUCAAGUCACCCAGCGAGUACCUGAUGAUGCUGAUGCCACCCAGCCAGGAGGAGGAGAAAGACAAGCCCGUGGCCCCCAGCAAUGUCCUGUCCAUGGCCCAGCUGCGCACACUGCCCCUGGCUGACCAAAUUAAGAUCCUGAUGAAGAAUGUGAAGGUCAUGCCUUUUGCCAACUUGAUGAGCCUCCUGGGCCCCUCUGUGGACUCCGUGGCUGUUCUGCGUGGCAUCCAGAAGGUGGCGAUGUUAGUCCAAGGAAACUGGGUGGUGAAGAGUGACAUCCUGUACCCCAAGGACUCAUCGAGCCCUCACAGCGGCGUGCCGGCCGAGGUGCUCUGUAGGGGCCGAGACUUUGUUAUGUGGAAGUUCACACAGAGCCGUUGGGUGGUAAGGAAAGAGGUGGCGGCAGUGACCAAACUCUGCGCCGAGGACGUGAAGGACUUUCUGGAACACAUGGCCGUAGUGAGGAUCAACAAAGGCUGGGAGUUCAUUCUGCCCUACGAUGGGGAGUUCAUCAAGAAGCAUCCAGAUGUGGUUCAGCGGCAGCACAUGCUGUGGACGGGCAUCCAGGCCAAAUUAGAAAAAGUCUAUAAUCUUGUAAAGGAAACCAUGCCAAAGAAGUCGGAUGGACAAUCAGGACCUGCAGGGCUGGUCUCUGGGGACCAGCGGGUCCAAGUAGCCAAAACCAAGGCCCAGCAGAACCAUGCCUUCCUGGAGCGGGAGCUGCAGAGGCGGAAGGAGCAGAUGCGGGUGUCCACGGUUCUGCCCGCUGUGCAGAUCAAGGAGGAGCCCCUGAGUGAGGAGGGAGAGGACGACGAGCAGGAAGCAGAGGACGAGGAGGAACCCAUGGACACUUCACCCAGUGGUGGCCUCAACAGUAGGCUGGCCAAUGGGCUGCCUGCUGGGCGGGCAGCAGGCGGGGACAGCUUUAAUGGGCACCCGCUCCCAGGCUGUGCCAGCACCCCUGUGGCCCGGGAACUGAGAGCCUUCGUGGAGUCCACCUUUCAGAGACAGUUUGUCCUCACGCUGAGUGAACUCAAGCGCCUCUUCAACCUGCACCUGGCCAGCCUGCCCCCGGGCCACACGCUCUUCAGUGGCAUCUCGGAUCGCAUGCUGCAGGACACGGUGCUGGCCGCUGGCUGCAAGCAGAUACUGGUGCCUUUUCCCCCACAGACUGCUGCUUCCCCGGAUGAGCAGAAGGUGUUUGCCCUCUGGGAGUCUGGAGACAUAAGCGAUCAGCAUCGACAGGUUUUGCUUGAAAUUUUUUCCAAAAAUUACCGGGUACGCCGGAACAUGAUCCAGUCUCGGCUGACUCAAGAGUGUGGAGAAGAUCUAAGCAAACAGGAGGUGGAUAAAGUGCUAAAGGACUGCUGUGUAAGCUAUGGUGGCAUGUGGUACCUUAAAGGGACAGUACAGUCUUGACAAUAGUCGGAAACCACUGACCCAACGAAUCCAAACUGAAGGAAGGAUGGCGGAGCUGGAAGUCGUCUCAACCUGCCUCAGAAGAUGCAGAGCAAGAGGCACUGCCCAUCUCAUGCCUACGGCGUGGUCCACUGGACAGAGGGGUGUGGUCCAGCUUGAAUGGGAGCGCUCCCAGCAGGGACCAGCCGGGCCGCCUUUGCAGUAGUUUGAAAUUCCUGAUGUAUUUUGCUUAUUUGGUUUCAUUCUCAUAAUAAAGAGAGUGUAUACUGACGUGGGCAGGAUGAUGAAAAUCAUGGUUUAUAUUUUCCUUUUUAAACUUAAUGCCAACAAAGUCAAAGUUAUGUUUACAAGAUGAAGAAAACCUCAAGGUCUAUAUAAUAUUUAAAAUGCCUAGAGGCCAAAAUUUAGUCUUAGAUUAUCUAUCUGCUAAGACUUCUGCCAAUUUCAUUAAACCACACUGAAUUGUUUUACUGUUGGGUUUCUGUGGCCACUUUACAACAACCUACUUUAUGUAGCAGUCUCAACUGUUUACAUGAACCAUAGCAAAAAAAUCAGAAUCAAAUCCAUCUUCUCUUAAGGUUUGUUUGCAUUUUUAUGCAAACUAAACCAGGUAAGUAUGAAACAAUGUGUAAGUGAGGUUAUCACACUUUGAUGUAAAAAAAAAUUUAUAUUUUGUGUAUUUUUAAAAUAAAUGCUAACACUAAACUGGUA